AUGAAAAUUGUUUUUCUUCUUCUAAUUCUUUACCAAAAACAUCCUUCCUUCUUUCACAAUAAUUUUCUUCCAAAUGGCUUUCCCUGUCAAUUGCCUUCUUUCACAAAAAGUGUUUGUUUUCAAGGUUAUUGCCAACCUUUUGGUUGUGAUAAAAUUAUUGGAAGUUUAACAAAAGAAGAUCAAUGUGGAGUUUGUGGGGGGAAUGGAAGUAGUUGUUUUAAUAAUUUAUUUAAAUGGAAGGAAAGGGAAGGAGGAGAAGGAGGAGGAGGAAGAUAUUUUAGUAAAUGUAAAGGAAAAUGUGGAAAUAAAGGUAUAAGUGUCUCAGUUUCUGUUUGUGUAAAUAAUUUAAAUCAAAGAAUUGUACCUGACAGAAUGUGUAGAAAACAGAAAAGGCCUAGACCUAAAAUAAAAAUAUGUCCAACAAUUAUUUGUAUAUCAAAGUAA